UUCUAGUCCCACACUCUUUGGGCCCCGCACUCGCCCCCUGCAUCCAUCACUUCACAACAACUGUCAACAACUGUCAGCGAGAUGGAAACUACAACCAUCACCACCACGCAGACUGCAUUCACCUUUGGACUUACUGAAAGAUGCGCCAGCAUCAGCCUGCACGCCCCGGCCCAGGACUGCGCCGUCCCCGCAGUGCACCCCAACAACACCAGCGCUGCCGACUACCAAAGCAAAACCAAGGUGCUGAAGAGACAGCGCUCCAGCUCGCCGGAGCUCCUGCGCUGCAAGCGGCGCCUGAGCUUCAAUGGCCUCGGCUACUCCAUCCCUCAGCAGCAGCCCGUGGCCGUAGCCCGGCGGAACGAAAGAGAGAGGAACCGGGUCAAACAGGUUAACAUGGGUUUCCAGACGCUGCGUCAGCAUGUGCCCAAUGGUGCCGCCAACAAGAAGAUGAGCAAAGUGGAGACCCUGAGGUCUGCGGUGGAGUACAUCAGGGCUUUACAGCAACUCCUGGACGAACAUGACGCCGUGUCGGCUGCUUUCCAGUGCGGGCUGCCAUCCCCAACACUUUCCAACAGCUACUCUGCCGACCCGGAGUCGCCUCACUCCACUUACUCAUCAGAUGAAGGUGGCUACGAGCCUCUGAGCUCCGAGGAACAGGAGCUGUUGGACUUUACAACCUGGUUCGACAGGUACUGAGAGUGACAGCGUCAACCCCACACAGCAGCGUCUGUGCGUAAAAGCAGCUGACUUCUUUCAGAAAUGCU